ACAAAAAAAAUAAAUAAAUAAAUAAACGAAAAUAAUAAUAAUAAUACAACAAUCAACAUAAGCCUUCACCAGCUGUAAUUUUUUUAACUUUUUUUUUCAUUCAACAAGUAAUAAAUAAUUAAAUUAUCGUCAAUUUUAAAAUUAAACCCUCGAAAAGUUCAAUAAAUCAAGUGAAAAAUAAUCAAAAAAAUAAUUUUUUUAAUAUAAAAAAAGCUCUUUUAAAUGAUAUUCAAUUUUUUUUUUUUUUUUUAUAACUGAAAUAAUGAUUGGUCAUUGAAUAAAACAACUGACAAUAAAAAUAAAACAAUAAUAGUUGUAAAAAGAGUUUAAAUAUAUAAAAAAAAAAACAUAUUAAAAUAAUAAUUCCAAUAUGACAGAAAAAUCACGUAAAAGUAUAACAAGAUUUCAUCCAAGUCAUGGUGAAAAUAUAAUAUUAUUUAAUGAUAAUACAGUUGCAUAUCGUAAAAAAAGUUUUGCUGAUGCAUUGACAUUUAGUGAAAAACCAUUAGAGCCUGGUGAAAUAUUUUUACUUGAAAUUGAAAAAGAUGAAAGAGGCUGGAGUGGUCAUUUAAGGUUAGGAUUAACACAAAUUGAUCCAAAAACAGUUAAUAAACAUGGUUUACCACAAUAUGCAUUACCAAAUCUUGUUAGAAUGGGAUCAAGUUGGGUUUAUGCAAUAACACAAACAGCAAAUAUACAUUUAAAUUUAGAAGAUUUACCAAGAUAUGGUCAAGGUUUACGAUGUCGAGAUAAAAGAUUAAUAACUGAUGGAAGAACAGUACAAACACCAAGAGGACUUGUACCAUAUACUCUUUUAAGACCAAAUACAGAUGAUUCAUCAAUAAAUAUAUUACCAACUGAAACUGGUAGUCGUAUUGGUGUUAUGUAUGUUCCACAAUUUAGUAUACCACAAUUUGGUAUACCACAAUAUAGUGUUGAUUUAGCUGAAAUGCAUUUUAUUAUUAAUGGUGAAGAUCAAGGUGUUUGUUGUAGAGAUAUACCAUACAAAGAAGCACCAUUACAUGCUGUUGUUGAUGUUUAUGGUACAACAAAACAAGUUAGAAUUGUUCAACUAUAUGGAGUAUCAACAUUACAAAGUGCAUGUCGAGAUGCAAUUUUAUUGUAUACACAAAGAAAUUGUAUUGACUUGUUGCCAUUACCACAAAUGUUGAAAGAUUUUUUACUUUAUCAGUCAUAAAAUUUCAGUGAGUCAAAUUAAAAAUUAAACAACAAUAUAUUGACAAUUGUGAUAAAAUAAGGCAGGACUUUUUUAUCAUAAAAAUAACUUCCAUUUGUAUUUUAAAUUAUAAACAAUUUUUGUUUUAUUAUUACUAUUAUUUUCUCAAAUUUUUGUCUUUUUUUUUUUUUUUUGCUUUGUCUAUGUAUAUUUAAUAAUUAUAUAAAUUAUAUUAUCAAUGUGAGACAUAAUACUAUUAAAAAAACAUCACGAUAAUAUUAUAUAAAUUUUUUUUCAAAUAUAUUUGUAAAUUAUAUAUAUUAUAUAUUAUUUUUUUAUAUUAUUAUUCAAAAAAAAUACUCAAUCAAAAUGAAAAUGUAUUUUUUUUUCUUUUCUAUUGAUAAAAAAUAAAUAAAUUUUUUUUUUAUGUUAAACGAAUGUAAAGUGUGUACAUGAUAAUGUAAAUUAAUGAAAAUGUGAUAAACGAUAACCAGCCAAGAAGAAUAACAAAA